AUGGCUUUCAUAGUCCACCUGAGGACCAUCACCGACCUGCGAGGGAAGAGUGAUCGGAUCGCUAAAGUAGUCUUUCGAGGGCUUUCAUUUUACACAAGAGUUCUGGAAAACUGUGAAGAUGAAGCACGCUUUGAUGAGACUUUUCGGUGGCCUGUUGCCAGUAGCAUUGAUGGGAAUGAGAUGCUGGAGAUUCAAGUCUUCAACUACAGUAAAGUCUUUACAAACAGGCUAAUUGGAACCUUCCGUAUGGUGUUGCAAAAGGUAGUGGAGGAAGGACAGUUGGAGUUGGAAGACACAUUAAUAGACGACAACAAUACACCAAUCAGGACCAGUGUCUCUAUUGAGAUAAAAUACCAGGCAAUAGAUGGGACUGUCGGACCCUGGAAUGAAAAUGAGUUCUUGGAGAACCCAAACCAGAAUGAAGCCACCUUUCAGUUUGAGACAGACAGCUUGCUGUCCGGUAGCGGUAACAGUCAGGGAUCAGGAGCCUCCCCAGGCAGAUCUCGGCACAGUCUCCGAGGAGAUAAAAGGAAAAAAGGAGUUUUCUCAGGAAUGAAGCUGGGGAAGACACGUCCUCACAAGGACGAGCACUCUAAGAAGGAUGAUGCUGCUGUUCUGGAAACAGAAGACCUGGACAGGAAGACCAUGCGACUGGGCGGAGGCCUGGAUCCUGACAGCAUCUCACUGGCCUCUGUCACAGCCGUCACCAUUAAUGUCUCAAACAAGAGAUCAAAGCCUGAUAUCAAAAUGGAGCCCAGCGCAGGCAGACCUCAGGAUUACCAAGUGAGCAUUACAAUCAUUGAAGGGAGGCAACUGGUGGGACUGAACAUGGAUCCAGUUGUCUGUGUUGAGAUUGGUGAGGAGAAGAAGUAUACAAGCAUGAAGGAAUCUACCAACUGUCCAUACUACAAUGAGUACUUCGUUUUUGAUUUCCAUGUACCUCCAGACGUUAUGUUCGACAAAAUAGUCAAGCUGUCGGUGAUUCACUCCAAAAACCUCCUACGGAGUGGGACAUUGGUGGGCACUUUCAAGAUAGAUAUAGGCACUAUCUAUUCACAGCCAGAGCAUCAGUUCCGCCACAGGUGGGCAAUCCUUUCUGACCCUGAUGACAUUACUGCUGGUCUUAAAGGUUAUUUGAAGUGUGACAUUGCUGUGGUUGGAAAAGGAGACAACAUUAAGACACCACACAGAGCCAAUGAGACAGAUGAUGAUGAUGUUGAAGGGAACCUAUUGCUUCCUGAAGGCGUUCCAUCAGAGAGGCAGUGGGCCCGGUUUUAUGUCAAGAUCUACAAGGCUGAGGGGCUGCCAAAGAUGAACACCAGCCUAAUGGCUAAUAUGAAGAAAGCAUUCAUUGGAGAAAACAAAGACUUGGUUGAUCCUUAUGUACAAGUGUUAUUUGCUGGACAAAAGGGGAAGACUUCUGUCCAAAAAAACAGUUAUGAGCCAACUUGGAACGAACAAAUCAUCUUCACUGAAAUGUUCCCGCCUCUCUGCAGACGAAUGAAAAUCCAGAUCCGUGAUUCAGACAAGGUGAAUGACGUUGCUAUUGGAACCCAUUUUGUCGACCUAAGAAAGAUCGCAAAUGAUGGAGACAAAGGCUUUUUGCCUACAUUUGGCCCUGCCUGGGUGAAUACUUAUGGCUCAACUCGCAACUAUAGUUUGAUGGAUGAACAUCAGGACCUAAACGAGGGCCUUGGUGAGGGUGUUUCCUUCAGAGCUCGGUUGCUUAUCAGCGUGGGUAUGGAAAUCUUGGACACAUCUUCAACUGAGAUAAUGAGCUCUACAGAGGUGCAGACAGAAACCAUACAACAAAUGUCAGAGAACAUUACAGGGAAAAUUGAAGAAUUCUUCCUCUUUGGAGCCUUCCUGGAAGCAACGAUGGUUGAUAGAAAAAUUGGAGAUAAACCAAUCAGUUUUGAAGUCACAAUAGGUAACUAUGGGAACCAGAUUGAUGGAGUAAAUAGGCCAAGCACUCGGAAAAAAAAGGAUGGAGGGGAUGGUGAUGAAGAGGAGUCAGAACUGCUCCAGAACUCAAGUGACGAUGAAACUGAGGACAGUGAUCUAGUCUCCGUCUCAUCAACUCCACCAAUGAAACCUGUUGUAACUGAUAGAAACUAUUUCCAUCUACCAUACUUUGACAAGAAGCCUUGUAUAUAUAUUAAGAGCUGGUGGCAAGACCAGCGAAGACGACUCUACAAUGCAAAUAUCAUGGACAAGAUUGCAGAUAAACUGGAGGAAGGACUGAAUGAUGUUCAGGAGAUCCUGAAGACUGAGAAGCCAUAUCCAGAGCGACGGCUGCGAGGAGUGCUGGAGGAAUUGAGCAGCGGGUGCACGCGGUUUGUGUCAUUGGUGAAUAAAGACCAAAAUCUGACAGGGAAGACCAAAUUGGACAGAGAAAGGCUUAAGUCUUGCAUGAGGGAAAUGGAGAACAUGGCACAGCAAUCUAAGGCAAUAAGGUCCCAGGUGAAGAAAAAUACCUUAAAGGACAAAUUGAAACAGGUUCACAACUUUCUGCAUAAAAUUCGCUUCCUGGCUGAUGAGCCUCAGCACAGUAUUCCUGAAAUUUUCAUCUGGAUGAUGAGCAACAACAAGCGGAUCGCAUAUGCCCGCAUCCCAUCCAAAGAUAUCCUCUAUUCAAUAGUGGACGAAGAAACAGGCAAAGAUUGUGGCAAAGUUAAAACUGUCUUCUUGAAGCUACCGGGAAAGCGGGGCUUUGGUCCGGCAGGCUGGACAGUCCAGGCUAAAAUGGAGAUUUACCUUUGGCUUGGUCUCAAUAAGCAACGUAAGGAUUUCCUGAGUGGCCUGCCAAGUGGAUAUGAGGAGAACAAAGCAAUGAAGGGCUUGGGGUUGCAGUCAUUCCCUCCCAUAAGUCUGACUUACAUCAAGAAGCAGAUUUUCCAGCUAAGAGUUCAUAUGUACCAGGCCCGAAGCUUGUUUGCCGCAGAUAGCAGUGGUCUCUCUGACCCAUUCGGUCGAGUUUUCUUCUCCACACAAAGCCAAUGCACUGAGGUUUUGCAGGAGACUCUGUGCCCAACCUGGGACCAGAUGUUGGUGUUCGAUAACGUUGAGCUGUACGGUGAAGCGCAGGAAAUGAGAGAUGACCCUCCCAUUAUUGUCAUUGAAUUCUAUGACCAGGACACUGUGGGCAAGGCAGAGUUUAUAGGUCGAACGUUUUCAAAGCCAGUGGUGAAGAUGGCAGAGGAGAAGUACGGUUCCCCUCGCUUCCCCCCACAACUGGAGUACUUCCAGAUCUUCCGGGGGAACUCAACCGCUGGAGACCUGCUGGCGGCUUUUGAGCUCCUGCAGAUUCCUCCCACUGGAAAGCAUGAUCUGCCUCCAAUCGAUGGGCCAACGGACUCCGAUCGUGGUCCAAUUCUCCCCGUUCCUAGAGGAAUCCGACCUAUAUUGAGCAAGUACAGGAUUGAGGUUCUCUUCUGGGGCCUGAGAGAUCUGAAGCGUGUGAACCUGGCUCAGGUUGAUAGGCCUCGUGUUGACAUAGAAUGUGCUGGAAAGGGGGUGCAGUCAUCACUCAUUCAGAAUUACAAAAAAAAUCCAAACUUCAGCACCCUGGUCAAGUAUUUUGAAGUGGAUCUGCCAGAGAAUGAACUCCUUCACCCUCCCCUUAAUAUCCGUGUGGUUGACUGCCGAGCAUUUGGCAGGUACACUCUGGUUGGCACCCAUGCUGUCGGAUCCCUCAGAAGGUUCAUCUACAGACCACCUGACAAGAAAAAUUGGGCAAAUGCAGCAAAACUAAUGAAUGGAUACCUAGGAUUGGCAAAUAGACCCCCGGUCUCUCACCUUGCAGGUGACAUCAAUAUCAACAUGGAAUCUGAUCUUCCAGUGAAGAAAAUGGAGACUGUUGUCAAGCUGGAUGCUAACUCUGACGCUGUGGUUAAAGUUGAAGCGAAUGAAGAAGAGAAAGAGAAAGAGAAAAAGAAGAAGAAAAAGAAGGGAGAAGAAAUCGAGGAGGAAGAGCCGGACGAAAGCAUGCUGGACUGGUGGUCCAAAUAUUUUGCCUCCAUUGAAACUCUUAAAGAACAAAUCCGUCAGCAGGAAGCAGCUGCAGCUGAGGCAGAGGAGAAAGAGGACAUGGAGAUAGCCAUGGACGAUCUCAAAAUUGAAGACUCUCCUAUUAAAGGCACAAAGGGCAAGGGUAAAGACAAGGUUAAAGCACAGGAUAAAGAGAAGAAGAAAAAGCAACUGGAGGUGCUUGAAAAGAAGGAUAAGCAGAAAAUUGAUGAGUUACGGGUUUACAAUAAGGAAUUGGAAAGUGAGUUUGGAAAUUUUGAAGACUGGCUCCACACAUACAAUCUUUAUCGAGGCAAAAUCGGAGACGACGAUGAUACCAUCACCGAAGAAGAAAGGAUCGUUGGGAGAUUUAAAGGCUCUCUAUGCGUGUACAAGAUUCCUCUUCCUGAUGAGAUCGCCCGAGAAGCAGGUUACGAGCCUACAUUUGGAAUGUUCCAGGGCAUCCCUAACAAUGACCCCAUCAACGUUUUAGUCCGAGUGUACGUGGUCAGGUCCACAGAUUUGCACCCAGCAGAUAUCAAUGGUAAGGCAGAUCCAUAUAUUGUCAUAAAAUUGGGCAAGUCAGAAAUCAAAGACAAAGAGAACUAUAUCUCCAAGCAACUGAAUCCUGUUUUUGGCAAGUCUUUUGACAUUGAAGCCACAUUCCCAAUGGAAUCAAUGCUGACAGUGGCUAUAUUUGACUGGGAUUUAGUAGGUUCAGAUGAUCUCAUUGGAGAAACCAAAAUAGACCUGGAGAAUCGAUACUACAGCAAACACAGAGCAACAUGUGGCAUUGCACAGCAAUAUUCAAUCCAUGGAUAUAAUAUCUGGAGAGAUCCAAAUAAACCCACGCAGAUCCUGACGAAACUCUGCAAAGAAGGCAAAGUAGAUGGGCCUCAUUUUGGACCUCCUGGAAGAGUGAAGGUGGCCAAUCGGGUGUUUACAGGGCCAUCAGAGAUUGAGGAUGAAAAUGGUUUGAAAAAACCAACUGAUGAAUUUUUGGCGCUGACUGUGCUACAGCACUGGGAGGAGACCCCACGGGCAGGUUACAAGCUGGUCCCUGAACAUGUGGAAACUAGGCCUCUCCUGAACCCUGAGAAACCCGGCAUUGAGCAGGGUCGUAUUGAGAUGUGGGUCGACAUGUUUCCAAUGGAUAUGCCUGCACCUGGAGCACCAACUGAUAUAUCACCAAGGAAACCAAAGAGAUAUGAGCUUAGAGUGAUAAUUUGGAAUACAGAUGAGGUUAUCUUGGAAGACGAUGAUUACUUCACUGGAGAGAAAUCUAGUGACAUUUUUGUCAGGGGUUGGCUGAAAGGGCAGCAGGAGGACAAACAGGACACUGAUGUCCACUAUCACUCUCUGACUGGCGAAGGCAACUUCAACUGGCGCUUUAUGUUCCCCUUUGAUUACCUGAUGGCUGAAGAGAAGAUCGUCAUCUCCAAGAAGGAGUCCAUGUUCUCCUGGGACGAGACGGAGUACAAGAUCCCAGCUCGUCUUACUCUGCAAGUGUGGGACGCUGAUCAUUUCUCAGCUGAUGACUUUCUUGGUGCAAUUGAACUGGAUCUGAACAGAUUUCCGCGUGGAGCAAAAACAGCCAAGCUGUGCUCGAUAGACAUGAUUAUAAAUGAAGCUUCUCUGCCUUCAGUCUCCAUCUUUAAACAGAAGAGGGUGAAAGGGUGGUGGCCUUUUGUAGCCAGAAACGAAAAUGAUGAAUUGGAGCUGACAGGAAAAGUUGAGGCUGAGUUGCACCCUACAGCGGAGGAAGCUGAGAAGAGUCCUGCAGGUCUAGGACGCGCAGAACCUGAUCCUCUGGAGAAGCCAAAUCGCCCUGACACCAGCUUUAUCUGGUUUAUGAACCCUCUAAAGUCCAUCAGGUAUUUCAUCUGGCACAACUACCGGUGGCUGAUUUUGAAGAUCCUCACAAUUGUUCUUCUUCUCCUCAUGCUCGGGCUCUUCCUUUACUCAGUGCCUGGUUACCUGGUCAAGAAGAUUCUUGGAGCCUAA